AUGAAGAUCAAGAACUCUGCAUCUGUCAAGAACAUGAACAGCCCACGAGAGGAGAUGGAGGACUUCAACCGGCUACCUCUAGAGCUGGAGUUACUUCUCGCCAUACGAUUUUCCGCCUCUAUACCAGAUAUAUUUCUCGACAUACCCGAUCCCAACAGCACCACUGUCGCGGGGCUUAAGCGUCUAGUUCGCGACAGGCUCCCUCCGGACCUUACAUCGCGGCGCCUUAGACUCAUUCAUGCCGGCAAGUCACUAGACGAUUCAACCUCACUAGCAACACAGAUUAAAGUUGGGAGGAAUAGUCAUUUACGUGGUCAUCAUGGGAAUGGCCAACGAGCACCUUCGUCAGGCUCGCCUUCGGAGCCCGGUUCAAGGGUAGCGUCCCCUUUCCUGAAAGGCGGAUAUGCCACUUCGGGCUCGUCAUCAACCGUAUCUCAGACUGCCCCGGACCCGUCAGGAAAAGGGAAAGCUCCGGUCCGAGACCAGGGAGAGCCUAGAAUAUAUAUACAUUGUUCGAUAGGGGAUAUAACGCUUACGCCGGCGGAGCUUGAUGCCGAAGCUCGUGCUGCUCGUUCAGGGCAGGAUGCGCUUAAGUCGAACACCUCUGCUAAUGACUCCGCGGGUUCAGCUGGUCUGGACAGCUCUGCAGGACCGAGCCGGCUAUUAGACGGGGGCGAUGCUUCGACGACAGGCGGUGAUGGGUCUAAUAUUACUCCUACACCAGCCCCACAGGGCUUCGAUAGAUUGUUAUCUGCUGGAUUCACACCAGCAGAGGUGUCAUCUCUUCGGUCCCAAUUUCUGGCCCUGCUUUCCCUCUCGCAUACUCCAGAUACGUUACCCUCCGGUACAGAACUGCGCAGAUUAGAAGAUAGAUGGAUGGAUGAAGGUUCAACUGAAGCUGGUGUUGCUGGCUUAGGAGGAAAUAACGAAGAUUCAAACAUAUUUGGGGAUAUGAAUACCGAUAGCACUGGUGGGAGUGGCCCAUUUGGAUCCGGAACUUCACGCGCACUAGACGAUAUGUUAUGGGGCUCAGUCAUGGGAUUCUUCUGGCCUGUGGGCUGUGCUUUAUGGCUUCUAAGGGAAGAAGGGGUAUGGAGCUGGAGGAAAGGGCUAGCUGUAUUUGUAGGGGUGGUAGUUAACUUUGGGUUCGGGGCAGUGAGGAUGUUGAGUUGA